CAAUUUUGUUAUCUGGUAACACUACCGAAAGUUGCGGAAAAAUUGUGUACAGAAAAUACAUAAUAAUAUUUUUAAUUCGAGUAGCUCAAAAAUCAAAAUAAUAGGCUACUUACAGUUUGAAUUUUAAUUAAGUUCACAUUUAAUAUCGAUGGUUUAAUGUUGAUAUCAGUAUUGUAAAUAUUAUAUAAAUCUUUAUCAUUUCGCCCACUCUUGUUUUUAUUUCAUAUCUCUAACCCUUUGCUUCCUGUGUGAUAAAUAUAAAUUGUAUAUUAUUUUUCUGUUCAUUUAAUUAAAAUACAGUAAUGAAUUAAACAAACUAAGUGAAAUCUUAUUGGAAAACUGACAAGAUGUCCGAGAGGAAACUUGUCUUUGUCGUUAUACUUUUAGUGCAGUUAGAAAUUUGCUUAUCAUUGUACACGAAACCAUGGACUGAAAAAUAUGAAAGUAAUAAUAAAUGUCCCAAGUUAUACCCUAAAAAUUUCGACAACUACAUGCCAGCAGGCAACUUAACUGCGGGUAAUUAUACUGAGAAAACUGACUUGAAGGGGCUCAAACAAUGUGUGAUGUCCUGUUGCCUUGCUGACAAUUGCAAUAUUGUGUUCAUAGUAGAUUCACGGUGCUAUCAUAUAGAGUGUGUAACAGAUGAACUGUGCCUUCCAUUGCCGAGAAGUGGCCGCAAUUGGAAUAGACAUGUGUCUAUGAUACUUGUAAAACCUGUGCUUCCCAGUGAAAAUUGGUCAGAGAUCCUUGGCCAGUCAAGCUUUCGAGAAGAGCAAAAUUUUGGAGAAGAAGAACUUGUUUAUGGGUAUCCAAACCGACACAGUGAAGUUGCUGACGAUGAAGAGUCUAAUUACCUAGCACACUUUAUAAAUAACUUGCCCACUAUUGAUGAUGAGGAUUCUGGUUAUGAAAAGUAUGAUAACAGUGAUAACGAUAUGAUGUUGGCUUCUAAGUUUCUUGAGCAUGUGGUAUGUGUGAUGGGGACUAAUAAUUGUCCCUUUAAUGCAGAAUGUAUCCCAUUAGGGCAUAACAUGCAUAAGGGUAUAUGCAAAUGUGUAUUGGGUACAGAAAUGAAUGAACAGGGUGCCUGUGUGCCAUUAAGACGUCCAUACUCAAAGGGUCCUACUGAUCUUAAUGAUUCUAUUAAAAAAGAAGACAUAGAAACAAAAAGUGAUAUUAAAGAAAAUAAACCAGUGCAAAAUUUAACAGUAUCCAUACUUUCACAAACAGUUCAGUUACCAGAAAAUGAAGUAACCCUAUCUGCUUAUACAAUACCAGAUGAGAAGUCCACGAUGAGCCACUAUAGCCAUGUUUGGACACUUGUUGGACAACCUAAAGAUACAUUUACAGGCAACAUGAUACAAAACGGAGCAUCGGUGACCUUAACUGACCUUACUGAAGGUCAAUACAGAUUUAAAGUGACAGUGAAUGGAACUAACGCGUAUGGAGAGGGUUAUGCAAACGUAACAGUGUUGCCACCAAAGAGAAUUAAUAAAGCACCAGUAGUCGUUAUAACACCGCAAUCGCAAACUGUAAAAUUACCCAAUUCAGGCGCAGUUUUGGAUGGCAGUGAGAGUAAGGAUGACGACCAAAUAAUUUCAUGGCACUGGGAAUUGACGGCUGGACCGUUGGGCUACCAACCCAAAUUGGAAGAUGGCGCUACGCUUGUUUUAAAAGACCUCAAACAACCAGGAAAUUAUACGUUUAAAUUGACAGUUGAAGACUCGGACCACGUGAAAAAUUUCACUUCGGCUAAUAUUACGGUUUUAAAUCAUAUCGAUUAUCCACCAGAGGCAAAUGCAGGCCAGGACGUUAUACUCUACCUUCCAAAUAACAAUUUGACACUAAACGGUAGCCUAUCUACGGAUGACCAUGAGAUCACUUCUUGGGAAUGGACGAAAUCAGCGGAAGAUGCUAAUAAAGCUGUCGAUAUGCAGAAUACACAUUCACCUUAUUUACAGCUAUCAAAUCUAUCAGAGGGUGUAUAUACAUUUGUGUUAAAAGUGACAGACUCGUCCAGUCAGUCUUCGUCCGCGGAAGUGCACGUGUUCGUUAAGCCUCCAACCAAUACUCCUCCGGUUGCAGAUGCUGGCGUAGAUUCUGAUGACGACCAAAUAAUUUCAUGGCACUGGGAAUUGACGGCUGGACCGUUGGGCUACCAACCCAAAUUGGAAGAUGGCGCUACGCUUGUUUUAAAAGACCUCAAACAACCAGGAAAUUAUACGUUUAAAUUGACAGUUGAAGACUCGGACCACGUGAAAAAUUUCACUUCGGCUAAUAUUACGGUUUUAAAUCAUAUUGAUUAUCCACCAGAGGCAAAUGCAGGUCAGGACGUUAUACUCUACCUUCCAAAUAACAAUUUGACACUAAAUGGUAGCCUAUCUACGGACGACCAUGAGAUCACUUCUUGGGAAUGGACGAAAUCAGCGGAAGAUGCUAAUAAAGCUGUCGAUAUGCAGAAUACACAUUCACCUUAUUUACAGCUAUCAAAUCUAUCAGAGGGUGUAUAUACAUUCGUGUUAAAAGUGACAGACUCGUCCAGUCAGUCUUCGUCCGCGGAAGUGCACGUGUUCGUUAAGCCUCCAACCAAUACUCCUCCGGUUGCAGAUGCUGGCGAAGAUUCUUUCAUAUCACUUCCUCAAACCUGGGUGACACUAAAUGGUACUGGCUCACAUGACGACCGAAAACUUGUUGCGUACACUUGGCGUUGCCUGUCUGGUCCCACUAACUCUAACAUUAUCACGUUUAACGAAAGCAUUGCGAAUGCAACGCAACUCACGAAAGGGCUAUAUGUGUUUUCGCUGACCGUAUUGGAUGAUAAUGGCAACACUGCUACAGAUAACGUCACUGUCACUGUCACACAGAACAAAAACAGCCCACCAAAGGCAGACGCGGGCGGUGACCAGGUUCUGAACUUGCCCUUGCCAGUGUUAAUACUAAACGGCUCGAAAUCUUCGGAUGACUUCCGCAUAGUGUCUUGGAAGUGGACCAGACUUAGCUCAGGACUAGCGGCUGGUACAGUUAUACUUGAUUCUGAUAAAGAGUCUGUCUUGAUGCUCACAAACAUAGAAGCCGGCAGAUAUAUCUUCGAAUUGACAGUGAUAGAUGACCAAGGAGAGUCGAGUCGGGACACGGUGAGUGUUCAAGUCAAACCGGACCCACUCGAGAUGAAACUUCUAGAAAUGGAAGUCCACACACCGAUAUCAACAUUUACCAAGAACCAGUUGGAUUCUCUUCUGCAAAAGAUGAUGCUUCUCCUCAAAGAUGAUGUAAAGGUCAACGUCACGGCGAUAAGGGGAGAAGUCGAUUCGGGGAAUACGCAGAUUAUUUUCUUCUUGUCGGAAAAGGGCGAGGCAAUAGACGGUAUUCGUGCCUUAGCAUUAUCACGCCCAGCUGCAAUAUCAAGCGGUGCGGCGCGUGUACGUCCCGUACGUUGUCUUAGUACGUGCUCGGGACGCGGAGUGUGCGAUCAGUCGACGCGCACGUGCCGUUGUGACGCUUUUUGGAUGCAGAGUUUGUUUGCUCAGUUGCAGGCGGAUGCUAUGCCUGAUUGUGAUUGGUCCGUGGUAUACGCGAGCGUUGGGGGCGUUGGUGUGUUAUGCGCGUUGUGCGGCGCGGGUUGGGCGUGUUCACGCGUCGCACGUAAACUGUGCGCGCCUCGCAAACCUAGACAGCGUACGUACCGACCCUUACCCCACGCCGAUCACGAACAAAAACCCCUUGCAAACGACCUAUCCGAGUCGGACACGGAUUCCGACGUGUUGUACGAGACAAAAAAUAAAAUGACGUCAUUCACACGCGCCAUUAAUGGCGACGCGCAAUCCAACGGCUGGAAGAACAGUGUCAAGGUGGCACGUCGCAUUAAAACGUAGCUCCGACGCUUUGUGGCCUCGUUCCACGAUUAUACCUUGCAUAUGCACAGACCACGUGACACCUGUCAGGUAAGCUCGCUGUCAUUACGUGGAUAGUUGUCCAAUGGUUAAUGUCAAAAGGAUAAAAUCAAAUUGUCAAAUGAAAUCACACUUAAGAAAAUCAAUUUAGUGUUUGCUAGACAAAAAAAAGUAUUAUGUAUAUAAAAAAAAUAUUUAAAUGUGUCUAAUAUGCUUGUAAUAGCUAAAUUGGAAAAUAAAUCAAGGCGUCCAAGCUUACUUAUAAGACAGCCUAGACGAUAAAAUUUCACGGUAUUAUUUGGUCACCUAAACAAACGUGACUUUACUCUUUCGUGGAUUUUCUUUGCGACUGCGUAUCACGCGUAUCGAAAAUUGCUAUUGUCUGCCUAGAACUAGAAACAUGCCAGUCUUAAAAUUUGCAAAUAGAUUUUUCAAUAAUUCAGUGUUGCCAGUAUUAAUAUGGAAAAAAUAUUUUUGAGAAGUGUGAUUUUAAAUGUGUUGUAUGAUAUAAUUACGCUUUGGAGUCGCAAGUGUCAUGUCAAUAAAAAAAUAAUAUAACAUAAUAAAUAGGUUAGGAUGAUCAUAUUUAUAUAUAAGUUAGCUUUUAGUGGGACUUGAGGCAAAAAAUAGAAAUGACGUUAGCGCGUUAAAGUGACAACUGUAAUUUUUUUGGCGCGAAACUGUCCACCAAAACUUAUAUAGGAUUAAGUUAUUAAUUAAUGUAUUUUAUUUAUUAUUUGGUAUUAGUUGAAAUUUCGGAUAAAUAUAUAUUUAUUCAUUUUUAUUUUAUAAAUAAUAAUUUAAAGACAAUGCUAAUGUAAGAAUAUUUAACAGAAAGAAUCAUAAACUUGUAUUUUAUGCAGUAUUAUUUGAAAUGCUUAAAUAUACUUUAAUUUAUAUAAAAUAAAGUUGUAUAUAACUCGUGUUUUAAACUGGCAAUUGUAUAACGGCUUCAUCGUCUAUGGAAUAUAGAAUAAGAU